GACACACAUGCGCCGUGCAAAAUGAAGUAUGACUUGAGAUUAUUAAAUGACAUUAAAAUGGGCUCUAAAUAUACUUGCGGAACACCAGAUCCCCAGUAAAACAGGAUGAUUGUGUGUUUUACACGUGACUUGUAGUCUAUUUUUGGCCUGAUGGCGUCAAACAGCCGCGCGCUGCAACGUCUUCAUCUUGACAGAUAUCUGGAUUUAAUCCUGAAUCGGACGCGCAGCCAUGGAGUUCUCUUGGCCAGUGAUCAUUUUAAUAGCAUAUAUUGUCAUCUCGGUCGUUCGAGCUAGCAGCUCCAACAGCGGUCCUGCCCCUCAACAUGGCAAAGUAAUCAAUGUCGAGAGUCAACAAGCAUUCAAAGAACUGACUGCCUCCGGCCCCGUCGUCGUCGAUUUCUUCGCCACAUGGUGCGGUCCUUGCAAAGCCAUUGCACCCAAAGUUGGCGAGCUCAGCGAAACCUAUACGAAUGUGCGUUUCCUCCAAGUAGAUGUCGAUAAACAGCAGCAGAUUGCACGCGACCUUGGGGUGACUGCCAUGCCAACAUUUGUAUUGUUCAAGAACGGCAAGGAGCUUGAUCGAAUUCGAGGAGCCAAUGCUAGAGCUCUGGAGAAUGGUAUCGAACAGAUUGCUUAAUUCAGAGGACGUGAAUUUGGAUGUAUGUAUGGAUACGGUAAAAGCGAAAGAGAGGAAGUCACCCAGGCCUCUGAAACGAAGUGAAGUUUGAGCUUGAAUUAUACAGACGUGGAUUAGGCAUUGCCUCUGAUUCUAUACAUUUC